AUGGGCAUCGAUUUUUAUUUUACGGGAAUAAAUGUAGCAUCGGUGAGUGCAUGUGCGGAGUUCUGUGGCGAGAGGAAAUUUUGCCGAACAGCUAUCUUUAAUUCUUUUACAAAAACUUGCGCCAUAUCCUACGAGUACACACUUAACUGCAGGUACAAUAAGAAUCGAUACACGGAUUUCGAUGUACGCCAUACGACAAGCCAUUUGAUCCAAGUAGCGUGUGUAUCCAAAUGCGAUUCUCAAAUUCCAAUUUCUAAGUCCGAAAGGGGAGAAUUUCCGGAAGUACUAAGGAAGGUGGAAUUGAUAACCGGCGAACCUAACGAUGGCCAUGGAGGUGAAGAUUCCGCACCAAAACCAGUGCGUAUGUUAACUCAGCUAUCCAUGGUCCCAAACGUGCCAGAACGAGUAAUAAUCGGGAGCGGCAACGCACAAGCACUCGCUGUUCAAGAUACAUUUCUCGAAACGUUGAGGAAAAGCGGAUCUUCGCAAGUUUGCUUUCGGACUAUCGAACAGCGAUACCUUCUCGGAGGAUCUUUCGAACAUCAUAGCGGUACUACUAUUGAUGAUUGCAGAUGUCUCUGCGCAUCUACCUAUUCACAAUCACGAAUUUAUCAUUGUCGCUCGCUACAGUGGUACAAAUCUGGGAAAUGCGUACUGAACAGAGGUUCUCAUUUGGGCAAGUUCGAUCUGAUUGAAGAUAGAGAAGCAAUGUAUCAAUAUGUCAAUUGUGAAAUUCAAGUUCUCCUUGGCGUAGCUCAGAAAGUUUGCUUUGAAGAUGGAAGGACAUCGCGAUUAAUUACAGCUGAAGAAACGACUUCUCCAAUGCCGACGACAACCAGAUCGUUUCGCCGGCAGGGAGCAUAUCCUGAAAUCCGAACGACAGUCUGGAACUUUCUGACAAUGCCUUCCACAACACCAUCCACUCCAGCUGCCGUAUCAAAUGAAGCUAGGAAUAGCGCAGAGACCAACAGUACAGAGCAAGAAACAACGACAGCUGAGGAGGAAGAAGAAGCGGCUAUAAGCUCGACUGAAAGCUCAACUGAAGCGGAAACGACCACCUCUUCGGAAACGUCUACAGAGGAGACUUUGACACCACCGAACUUCACAGAAGAGACUCCAUCUGCUCCUGAGAGAUCAACCGAGAGCACAACGGAAGAAGUCACGGCAUCAUCAGAGGCCCCAACGGACAAAGCUACGACCACGUCUUCGGAGAGUCAAACGGAGGAAACCACGUCAUCAUCCGCGGUUACAAGCACGACGGAAGAGUCUGCGGAGGAAACCACGUCAUCGUCUGCGGUUACGAGCACGACGGAGGAGUCUACGGAAGCUUUUCGUACUGAGCCUAGCGAGACAGAGGAAGAAGACACGACCUCAAGUUUUAUCACCUCAACAACAACUUCCGCAGAAGUGACGACGGCAGAUGAAGAAAGAUUCACAAAGAAGCCUUCAUAUCAAAUUGGACAUGAAGUCCGACAAGGAUGCUUUGAAGAGAUUCCCGGUUAUAUGAUGAUCAAUGUUGCUGGAGGACUUGAGCACGAUGUAUCUCUUGACGAGUGCAAGUGUUUCUGCGCGAACAGCAAGACCUCUCGCCGAUACGCAUUUGAUUGUCUUUCCGCUACAUACUAUCACGACGAACGUGAUUGUAUCCUAAAUCUGGACGAUCGAAACAGGAGUCCUCAGCUUCUGGAGGAGCAGACAGAAUUAUCCGUAACCUACAUCGGUCCCACAUGUGGAAGAGCUGAGACCAUCGCUUCGCUUGCAAACGGUACGCUGGACAACACUUGCAAGAAGAGAACUACGCCUGCACCCACGACUACUUCUGCACCAAAAAGGCGAAAAUCGGGAGCGAGCUCCGAUGAAUGCUUCCUGGAAUUCACCGACUUUGUCUUAGAAGGAACAGCUCUUGCUAUUGAGACCGCGAUAAGUGUACAAGAGUGCAAAUGCCUUUGUCUCAAAGGAGAAGCUAAAUAUGGAGAAGCAUGUCAGUCAUUCGAGUACUACUACGACAGUAAUACAUGUCUGGUCAACAAGCAGAAUAGAUUCUCCACUCCAGAACAUUUCAACUUUGUACCGAGCUCUCAGCCUCGCAGCUACUUUGAGCACAAAUGCGCUACACGAGGUCAAGACGUUCUGACAAAAUAUCAAGUAGAUCAAUGUCAAAGCGGAUCGAGCGAUCUUCAGAACAACAGCAUUAAUGAAGACGGCAGCCCUAAGGAGAGAGAGAACGCCGCAUCCGAUGACGGUCCUGAAAAUAAGGCACCAGUAGCAAGCUCAUCUGCUGCACAUGUUUCGGACGACAAAAGCAUGGAAGUCCAGAAACCGCCUUCAACACGAAAAGUGCUAUUGCUUCAGGGAGAAGCUGGUCAUGAGGAGACAACAACGGCCAUUCCGCUCCCUAGAAUGGUAACGAUGGUCUAUGAUAGGAGCAAACCCGGUCCACCCAAGUGGAAUGCGGACAGCAGAGGGGGCCAUAGUGCGAGUGAAGAGGAGCGCAAGCGAAAGCGUACUGAGCCUCCGCGUGAGAUUCCGGAAGCGGAAAGCGAGGAAAACAGCGCCACGACCAGCUCUACAACUCCCCCUACGACAACGACGACAACGGCGAAGCCGAAUCGAAAGCGCUACAUAGUGAGAGCAUAUGUGAACAGAAAUAUCCCAGAGACAGAUGGACUGGACGAAAGAGAAUUCGACAAGAUCAUUGAACUAGAACUUCCAGAUGAUUACAAGGGUGAUCCAGCAAAAUUUGUGCCUCCAGUGGACUCGGAAGAUGUGGUGGUACGAUGGCCGUCUCGACUUUCUGGAGUAAGAAGUGUGAAAUUUGACACGAAAAGAAAGAAAUGGAUGGAUGACGAAACCACAACGACGACCACCACAACAACGACGACAACUACCACGACUCCAAAGCCAUCCGACUACACGCCACCUUCUGCUCUCGUUUAUCCAUCUGUCGGGCGGUGUACCUACAGUGCUAUGUAUCAAACAGCAUUUCAAGGCACGAAGUUGAUCAGAAGCAUUUAUGUGAAGCGUCCUGCCGACUGUUUCGCCGCCUGUUAUGCUCACAGUUGCCGAUCUGCCAAUCUUAUAUCUAACGGAGCAAUGAAUACCUGUGAGCUGUUCCGGGACUCCGUCAUCGAUUACCGCAGCAUCGGUACAAUUGCCUACGAUGGUUCAACGGUCUACUUUGACGGAAUUAAGUGCGAUGGUCCUCCCCCGUAGCCCGGAAGCUAAUGUUAACAUAUGCCUGUGUCAUCACUAUACAUAAAUGGAUAGUUGUACGUAACGGACUUUUGCUACGCCGCAGAUUUUUAUAUUUCAACAAGAACCGUAGCAAAAGUUUGCAUGUGUGCCUGACUUCAGUCUAAUCUUCUAGACACAUUAUAUUAUUCCUUCGUGCAAAUGUUUACGGGUUUAUUAGUGAUAUAUGUCGGAUAAUGGUAACGAUACUGUUCGCCCGAUUUAAAUGCGCUGAACAAUUGUAUGUAAUUGUUGUGCACAUACUGCUCAGGAUUUAUGACAAUAAAAUUAUAAAUAUCG